CAAGCAGUCCUUCAAAUAAACAGAAACACAAUUAUAGAUAUAACGAAUGUAUAAGAGAGAGAAGGAACAUUUUAACUUUCGAAUUUAGUGUGCUAUAUGUCGACAAAGACGAAGUUAUACAAGGAGAGCGAGUAAAACGAAGAAGUGUUGUAUCUGGAGGGGCCCAUGUCGAGCGAAAUUCAUAGCUAUUCUUGAUUUCUUUGAGUAGUUAGAUAGCUGCGAGACAAGCCGUGAAUUGAUAUUUAGCACGCGCCAUUUCUCUAUGCUAUAACUCAAUAGUGCCGUGUAUAGUGUGUGAGCCAAAAAAAAUUUUGAAUAAUAACGGAUUUCAGUGCUUUAAUUGAUAGUUUUAACCAUGAUUUUGCGGUGUAAAAUAAGAACUUUUGUGCUUUUAUGUGUGAUAGCUAUUUUACUACUUCAAUUAGUGUCAAGUGAAAGAGUAUCGAGAAGAAGAUUACGAAGACCAACGAAAUCAUCAACGUCGUCGGUAUCGACAGAUCAAGAAACCGCUCCGAGUAUAUCGAAAUUUAGGAGAACCAGACCAAGUACAAGAAAAACUACAAAUAAUUCUCUAAUAACUCCACGAAAAGACAAUGAUGACGGUUAUAAAGUGGUUUGUUAUUACACAAAUUGGUCACAAUAUAGAGUCAAAAUUGGUAAAUUUCAACCCGAAGAUAUAUUACCCGAUCUAUGUACACAUAUUAUAUUUUCUUUCGGGUGGUUGAAGAAAGGAAAACUGUCGUCUUUCGAAAGUAACGAUGAGACUAAAGAUGGAAAAAUUGGAUUGUACGAAAGGAUUCAUAAGUUGAAGAAGGCUAAUCCUAAACUGAAGACUUUACUUGCUAUUGGUGGUUGGUCAUUCGGUACCCAAAAAUUCAAAGAUAUGGCGGCCAGUAGAUAUGCUAGACAAACUUUCAUAUUUAGUGCUAUUCCUUUCUUGAGACAAAGGAAUUUCGACGGACUCGACAUCGAUUGGGAAUACCCCAAAGGGUCAGACGACAAGAAGAACUACGUUCUGUUAUUGAAAGAACUUCGAGAAGCUUUCGAAGCCGAAUCCCAAGAAAUAAAAAAAAAUCGUCUUCUGCUAUCCGCCGCGGUACCCGUAGGUCCGGAUAACAUACGAGGGGGCUACGAUGUACCGGCUGUAGCUUCCUAUUUAGAUUUUAUAAAUCUCAUGGCUUACGAUUUUCACGGGAAAUGGGAAAAAGAAACCGGACACAACGCCCCUUUGUAUUCACCUAGUAGCGACAGUCAAUAUCAGAAACAAUUGAACGUCGAACACGCCGCCAAUUUGUGGGUUAAAUUGGGAGCCCCCAAAGAAAAAAUGGUCAUCGGUAUGCCUACGUACGGUAGAUCGUUCACUUUAUCCGAUGUUACUAGACACGGAGUGCAUGCUCCUUCUUCCGCUGGGGGAAAGGAGGGUACAUAUACGAAAGAAGGAGGAUUUUUGGCCUAUUACGAGAUUUGCGAGAUGUUACUCAACGGUGCGACUUAUUAUUGGGACGAUGAAAUGAAAGUACCGUAUCUCGUUCACGGGGACCAAUGGGUUGGUUUCGACGACGAAAAAUCAAUCAGAAAUAAAAUGAAAUGGAUCAAAGAAAACGGUUUCGCUGGUGCCAUGGUUUGGACAGUCGAUAUGGAUGAUUUCACCGGAACAGUUUGCGGCGGAGAAGUUAAAUAUCCACUAAUCGGAGCUAUGAGGGAGGAACUUAGGGGUAUUUCUAGAGGUAAAGACGCGAAAGAUGUUGAUUGGCAAAAGAUAGCGGGACCGACAGACGACGAUGAAGAUGUCGAAGAAAACGUAGACGAAGAAAAACCGAAACCGAUCAAAAUAUCCGUAUCCGAAGUACUUAAACGCGUUAGGAAACCGUCGGGGAAAAAAACCGCCGCUACUGAAGCUCUAGCCAAAAGAGAAAAAAUAAAUAAAAAAGUGCGAAAACCACAGAUAUUUUGUUAUAUGACCAAUUGGUCGUACAAGCGACCCGGUUCUGGUAAAUUCACGCCCGAAGACGUAAAUCCGGCCCUGUGCACUCAUAUAGUUUACGCUUUUGCGACGUUGCAAGAUCAUAAAUUAGCAGAAGCGAAUAAUAAGGAUCCGGAAAUGUACGAACGAGUUAUUGAAUUGAGAAAUAAAAAUCCGGAAUUGAAGGUACUUUUGGCGAUUGGCGGUUGGGCGUUUGGGUCGACGCCCUUUAAAGAAUUAACGGGAAACGUAUUUAGAAUGAAUCAAUUCGUUUACGACGCAAUCGAAUUCCUUAGGGAAUAUAAAUUUAAUGGUUUGGAUGUCGAUUGGGAAUAUCCUAGAGGAGCAGACGAUAGGAUUGCCUACGCUAAUUUAUUGAAAGAGUUACGUGUAGCUUUCGAGGGAGAAGCAAAAAGUAGCGGCCAACCGAGAUUGUUGCUCACCGCCGCCGUACCGGCAUCAUUCGAAGCGAUCGCGGCUGGCUACGACGUCCCGGAAAUAUCCAAAUAUCUAGAUUUCAUCAACGUCAUGACGUACGAUUUUCACGGCCAAUGGGAGAGAACGGUAGGGCACAACGCGCCGCUAUUUCCAUUAGAAAGCGCUUCCAAGUACCAGAAAAAAUUGACAGUCGACUAUUCGGCGAGGGAAUGGGUGAAACAGGGAGCGCCGAAGGAGAAAUUGAUGAUCGGCAUGCCGACGUACGGGAGGAGCUUCGAAUUGGUGAAUGCGACGCAGUUCGAUAUAGGAGCGCCGGCGAGCGGGGGCGGUACCCCCGGGAAAUACACUUCGGAAGCGGGUUUCAUGAGCUACUACGAGAUUUGCGACUUUUUGCACCAAGACAACGUCACCUUGGUUUGGGAUAACGAGCAACAAGUACCGUUCGCAUACAGGGAGAACCAGUGGGUCGGAUUCGACGACGAGAGGAGUUUGAAAACUAAGAUGGCGUGGUUGAAGGAAGAAGGUUUCGGUGGUAUCAUGAUUUGGUCUGUGGAUAUGGAUGAUUUUAGGGGAACGUGCGGGGGGGACAAGUUUCCUUUAUUGAAUGCUAUGAGGCAGGAGCUCGAGGGGUAUAAAGUUAAAUUGGAAUAUAGCGGUCCGUACGAGACUGUAGUCGCUUCUGGACAGUAUACGACCAAAAAUCCUAACGAAGUGACUUGCGAAGAAGAAGAAGGCCACAUAAGUUACCAUCCGGACAAAGCCGAUUGCAAGAUGUACUACAUGUGCGAAGGCGAACGGAAACACCAUAUGCCAUGUCCGGCGAAUCUAGUUUUCAAUCCCGAUCAGAACGUAUGCGAUUGGCCGGAAAACGUAGAAAGUUGUUCGCAGUUUACGCCGGCGCCGCCACCGAGCUAAACCGAUCUCCGAUCGGAUCAUUUUUAUAGAGACUGUGGAACGCGUCCGUAGUUGCGUCACAUUUUUGAGGUUAGGAAUUUCGUUUAAAGUCGACGAAUUUUCUUUUUCUAAAUUAUUGCAAUACUUAGUAUACUAUGAAUCUAUAGUAUCGAUAGAUGAUGAUUAAAUAACUAUUUUUUCGUAGUUUUAUAUAUACAUAUUUCGUCUUCUUUUUUUUUUGGUUGAAAAAAUAUUUUUUUAAUAUAAAAAUUGAUGUUUCUCAAGAUCUUUUUCUUAUCUUUACCGUUAUCUUCUAUACUAUCGUUUCUCUAAUCGAAACUAUAUUUUUUUUCUUAUUCUAUAUUUUUUUCUUCUUCUUUUACUUGAUUGGUUAAAACGUUGAUCAAUGUUGCGUUGGAAAGGUGGCAACAAUGCGGUGGUCGCGUUUAAUUAUUCUUCGAUAAUCGAAACUCAAUUUGCGUUCAGGAAACGUUUCAAUAUCGCACUUGCUGGUUCGUGCCCGAUUCGGAAUCGAUUUUUGAUAGUGGAAACAUCCAUGAACUAUAGUGUGCGGGAAAUGACGUCAUUAACAUUCCAGAACGUUCGUAACCAUCGAGAGGAUAAGAAAGCGUUAUCGGGGCAUUUGUACACAUAAAAAAUCCUUCUAGACGAUCUGCGCGCGAACGAUUUGCUAUUCCAUUCAUGGAUAAUCGAUUAUUUUGAGAAUGGAAACGUUCAUGGUCACCUAUAGUGUGCAGGAAAUGAAGUAAUUGACGAUCGAGAACAGUCAGGACAUAUGUACACAUCGAAAAUCCUUCUAGACGAUCUGCGAGCGAACGAUUUGCUGUUUCAUUCAUGAACAAUCGAUUAUUUUGAGAAUGGAAACGUUCGUGGUCACCUAUAGUGUGCAAAAAAUGAAGUAAUUGACGAUCGAGAACAAUCAGGACAUAUGUACACAUCGAAAAUCCUUCUAGACGAUCUGCGCGCGAACGAUUUGCUGUUUCAUUCAUGAACAAUCGAUUAUUUUGAGAAUGGAAACGUUCGUGGUCACCUAUAGUGUGCAGGAAAUGAAGUAAUUGACGAUCGAGAACAAUCAGGACAUAUGUACACAUCGAAAAUCCUUCUAGACGAUCUGCGAGCGAACGAUUUGCU